CAGCGCUGACUUCAUGGCCACAGAUUGUGCUUCCGAAACUCCCGAGAGGUAGUACGUUAAAUUUCAACGGAAAUAGCAGCGCACGAUCUCGAAGGAGGCUGGAAGAGUCGGAAUCCUCCGAAUGGGCCCGUGAGGGGCCCUGAGGGGAAGAAUCUUCCGAAAUGAAAAGUGCUAAACUGUAAUUGAAAGAAGGGUCAGAUGUUAUCAUUCCGUCCAGGUUCACGAUGUGUCACGGUACUUUGCCCCGCCGUGCGGCAGCGGCGUGUCUGGGUCGUCACCGUGCACAGCCGACCAUGCAUGAUCGGCGCCUUGAACAGGCCGUAGACACAUGCAGGGAGAGUCGAUAAUUGACAUAUCUCUCAACCGGAGGCCUAUAAGACCCUCCACUUUCGGACCAUCUCCGUUCGACCCACUUCGCAGAGCCCGCCCAACAACAGCCAUCCAAGACCUAAGUUAUUAUUCAACCACCAGCAACAUGCCCAAACACCUGAUUCCCUCUACCGCCGAUUCGGCCGAGUCCGCGUCGCUCAAGCAUUCCCCCUCAAAGCGCGAGCGCGUCCGCAAGUUCCUUCACCGUGUCUCAAGCUUCGGACACCGCACACACAAGCAUGAGCGGGGCCUUUCUCAAAGCACAGCCGUAACCGAGGCGCAGGCGCCCGGCUCAAUGUCCUCGCCUGAACAGCAUAUUAUUGACCUCACCGUCGAGCCGCUUCCCGUGAAGGUCCCUCGCCGUGAUAGUGUGUCGAGCUCAACGGGCAGCGCUCUCAAGCACAAGGCGGUCAGUAAGCUCGCCGCCGCGGCAAUCGACGACGCGAGCUCCUUCCAUUCAAGCGCUCCCUCCGACUCGAGCGCCAGCGAUUCAGAUAACGACAAACAAGUGCCCGAGUCCAAGCCCGCAAAGUAUGUCGCGCUGUUUUCAUGUUCUCAUCUAGUCUGACCUAUAUUUUCCUCCAGGACUCCUCAUGUCGAGCCGGAGCAACCUGCAGCUGAUACUUCGGUGGUACUUGAGACCCCGGCUGUCGAUGACACUCCUGCCGUUGACCCGGCAAGCAUCCCUCUUCCUGCGGAUGAGGCAGAAGAGUUCAACCCUGUCCCUCCUGUCUUUCUCAACGAGGAGGCACCUGCACCUGCACCUGCGCCUACACCUAUUCCCGCACCAGAGGCUACCGAGCCUCCCCCCGAAAUCAGCGAGACUCCCGCAGGUGUUAAUGACGCCCCAGCUGUUAUCGUUUCAGGUAUGCAUUCCUUGACAUGCG